AUGCGCAUAGCUCUAGCCGGUGGAGGGGGGCUGGGGUGCCUCCUGGCCUCGCAGAUAUCGCGAGCAAAGAGCGCCCACAACGUCCUUGUUUUAUCCAGAACUCCGAAACCUAUAUACGAAUCUCUAGACAUCCAGGUCCAGAUCGUGGACUAUUUCAACCCCGAAAGCUUGCAAUACGCACUCCGGGGAGUUGACCUGGUCAUUUCAACCGUCUCCGGGAGAGAGCAGAUCAAUCUCAUCCUGGCCGCCGGCGAGGGCACGGUCCGCCACUUCGUCCCUGCCGAGUUCGAGGGCAAGCUGUGGCAACGACCGCCCUGGGACGGCUCGACGGCCGGCACAAAAGCCCAUGCUUUGGCACUGCUGCAGAGUUUUCAGAACCGGAACCUGAUGAGGUACACCGUCUUCUCCUGCGGCGUGCUCAUGGAGAUCUUCCACCCGCUGGGCCUGGGCAGCUUCGACAUGGGCUUCCGCGCCGGCGUAUCCCACCCAAAUAGCUACUUGCUCAAUGUUACCGAGGCCACGGCCGAAUACGCGGCACAGAACGCCCAGGGCCAGCCUCCGAGUAAUAUAGUAUGUCUAACGUCAGUCUACGACCUGGUUCACUUUGUCGUCUUGGCGCUCGAGCUGGGCCUGGACGCCUGGCCUCGGGAGUUCACCCUUCGCGGGGACCGUCUGUCCGUCCAGGAACUUGUAGAGACGUACGGCUUGAUACGCAACGUGACAUUCAGCUACGUCGCUCAGGGUUACUCCAACGCCCAGCUUUUGACAACCUAUUAUUCUCAGAGCCGGGACGAGCUGAAGGCCGGCUUCUAUCGACGGCUCAUGGCCACGGCAGAUGGGCGAUACGAUUUCCAAGAGGCCACGCUCAACGAGGCCCUCCAGAACAACCACAUGAUGGAUUUCGUCCCCAUGACUUUUGCGCAAUGGCUCGACAAGUUCUAG